CAACGCUUCGGGGCCCGCCAACGCCUCGGACCCCGCCUGGGACUUUGCCUCUGCUCUCUUCUUUGCCAGCACACUGGUCACCACCGUGGGUAGGAAAACACCCAGUUCUCCAGGACGAGGGCUGUACUCAUACCUGCCAGGGAGCAUCUGGGACAUUGUUCCUCUGCCUCACCCCUUGGAGACAUGGCCCUUCCAGGCCCCUCUGGGCCUAGACUGCACUCAGAAACCUCCAGCGAGGACCUGGGACCCUGGGCCUGAGACCCUCACCCUCUCUGGACUCGGACCUCAGCCACCCAAGACUCUGGUCUCAGAAUGCCACCCCCUCAAACAAUGUCUCCUGACUGACCAGAUAGGUCUUUCCUGGAAGCCUUUCGGGAAGCCCUAUCCCAACCUCCUCCUGACUCUGGUGCCCAGAGAGAACCCUGAAUCUCCAGACCCCCUCAGGGUGCCAUCACUAAACACCUUACUGCCAGUAGAGAUCCCUCAGCCAGGACCUGGAGCCUCCCUCUGAGAGGGCUCCUCCUCUGGAUCAUGACCAUUACCCUGAAAGGGGCCCUGCCUGCAGUAGCAGGUGGCCUUUGCCUCUCUCAUACUCAUACUCCCCAGCAGGCUAUGGGUACACAACACCGCUGACUGAUGCGGGCAAGGCCUUUUCCAUUGUCUUUGCGCUCCUGGGCGUGCCGGCCACCAUGUUGCUGCUGACUGCCUCCGCCCAGCGCCUGUCACUGCUGCUGAGCCAUGCACCCUUGUCCUGGCUGAGCAUACGCUGGGGCUGGGACUCCCGGCGGUUGGCCCGCUGGCACCUGGUGGUUCUGCUGGGGAUCAUGGUGACCACCUGCUUCCUGGUGCCCGCCGCAAUCUUUGCCCACCUUGAGGAGGCCUGGAGCUUCUUGGAUGCCUUCUACUUCUGCUUCAUCUCUUUGUCCACCAUUGGCCUGGGUGACUAUGUGCCCGGUGAAGCCCCCGGCCAGCCCUACCGGGCCCUCUACAAGGUGCUGGUCACAGCCUACCUCUUCCUGGGUCUGAUCGCCAUGGUUUUGGUGCUGCAGACUGUCCGGCAUGUGUCUGACCUUCAUGGCCUCACAGAGCUCAUCCUGCUGCCCAGUCCACGCCCUGCCGGCUUCCAUGAGGAUGAGGAUGAUCGGGUGGACAUUCUGGGUCCCCAGUCAGAACCACACCAGCAACUCACCACCAGCUCCCACACCAACUACGCCUCCAUCCCCAGGUAGCUGGGGCAGGCACCUUGAGACUGGAUGGACCUAGCCUGCGGCUGAGGGACCAUGUGACUGGAACGGACAUACUAGACCCUCGUGGGCACAUGCCAGGGCUCAUGAGAGCACUGUCACCAGCUGUCCAUCCUUUGUCGUACCUGUCCUGGGCUCCCCAAGCGCCUGCAUUGCUUUGUUCUCCUGGCUCCUUCCCUCAUCUCCCCCACAUUUAGUGCUUCUUUGGCUUUCUCACCGUCUCUGUCUUUCCCUCUCAACAUCUCUUUUUUUCUUACUCUUUUAUUCCAUCUACUUCUCUCAGCAACUCACCAUCUACAGUUCUACCAGGCUCUGGGCUCAGGUAUCAUUUCAGGCACUAGAUCAGUCACUACACCUUGGGCAAGUGACAGCCCUUUCUGAGCCCUCAUUUUCUUAUCUGUCCAGUGGAAAGAACACAGGGUGGGGCAAAAGUAGGUUUACAGUUGUUCAUAUGGAAAAUAAUACAAUAAUUAAUAAAUAAUACAAGAAUAAACUGUUUCGUGUACUCACAACUGUAAACCUACUUUUGCCCCACCCUGUAUAUUAAUUCAUCCCAAACUCUUCUAUGUUGGGCAUUGUUAGUGAUGUAGCUGGGCCCUGUUCUCCUGGUGCUCAUAGUCUAGUAACUUAGACAGACGUCUCCACACAAUGAGCCCAAAACUGGCAGGACUUUAAUAGCAGAGGCAGAGUGGUCAGCGGUGUGAUGGAGAAAACAUGGAAUGCACCCAAUAUAACUUGGAAGGUCAGGGAGGACUUCCUGGAGGAAGGGGCAACUGAACUCACUCCUGCAAUAUGAGUAGUAGUCAAGGGAAGAAGGUGUAACUGAUUUUCCUCAGGUGUCUCCAGGGAGCAAGACCCAUGCAGAGAGCCCUGGGGUAGGCCUGGGUCCUAGAGUCUUCCUCAGCAGGAAACAGGAUCCCAGUCUGGAUCCGAAUGGCACAGAAGGCACUGUUCUUAGCCACAGCACUACUGUAACAGCUGUUCCCAUUUGUGGAGCACUAAAUGCAUAUUCUGUGAGCUUUGGAGCCAGCCUCCUUGGGCUCAAAUCCCAACUCAGUUGCAUACUGCCCAUCUCCUCGGGCAGUCACUUCCCCGGUGAUUCUCAGGUCCCUCAUCUGUAAAAUGGCAAUAAUAAUAGUACUUCACAAGAUGACUUCACAGAGCCUGCCAUGUUAUUCUGUGAUGCUUUGACCAGGCCCUGUUCUGGGUAAUUUACAUGAGAAAAUAUAAUAUUAUCCUCUCUCCACAGAUGAGGAAACUGAGGCAUGGGAGGGGCGUUCCUUGUUUUAGACACAGAAUUAGGAAGUAAUUGAUUUCCUGUCUGUCCCUGCCCCCUGCCCAAUGAUACAUCAGCAAUAGCACUUACACCAAAGGCCCAUCUACUGAGCUGUUACCUCUCCCAAGCCCUAUGAAGGUGACAAGGGAUGGGCAUCUGAGCCAGGUCUUGACAGACAAAUGGGAAGGGCAUUCCAGACAGAAGGAACCAUGUAUGCAAAGGCCUGGAGGUAGGAAAGCGUGUUAGACAUCAGCUUCUGUGACAAGUGUGGAGUGAAUGGGGGAAGGAUAGUGGUGUAGUUGACAUGGGCCCCUCUUAAGUGUCUUUAAAUGAUCAGCUUGGGAAACAGCUUUUUUCUUGAGGACACUAGAGAAUCAUGGCAGGGUUUCUACCAGAACAGGGUCAUGGUUGGGUUUGUGCCUUAAGAAAUCCCCCAGCUUUUCUGUGGAUGUAGAUGAGAGGGGGAGACAAAAGCUGGGUGCCCAGGGAAGGCUAUGGCAGGAACAAAGCAGAAGAUCAUGGCGCUGGACAGAGCCAACAGGAGGGGGUACAGGUGGAAGGAUGCUCAGAAGGCCAAGUGGACAGGCCAUAGGCCUUAUAUACUUGGGGUGGGGAACAAGGCCAUGGAAAGGUGCAAGGGAUGGUCAACUGCAAUCGAGAUGGGGGCCUUGGAGAAAGAACAGGUUUGAGGGAAGAUGCUGAGACUAGUUUGGAACAUGGUGAGUGUGAGGGGCUAAAGACACCCAGAGGAAGAUAUCAGGAGGCCACAGAGCCCCCAGGGCUGGGGCUCAGAGUAGUUGAGGCUGGAGACAGAUGCUGGAACCAAGGCCAUGAGGUAGGAGUGAAGAGAAGACCAGCCUUGAGAAAUCAGCCUAAGGAUAUUUAUAUUUUGUAUCAGUAAGGAAAGAUUUGGGCAGUGGGUAACAAAAUCCAGAAUGGCACGAGGUGAAACAAUGAGAUGAGUGUAUAUUGCACAUCACCAGGGUUGGGGAGAGCUCUAGGCAUGAUACAGUGACAGUUCCAGGAGAGUCUUGGACCCCAGGUUCCCUCUCUGCUCUGCCACCCUCAGCUGAAUGUUUGGCUCCCACAUGGACUCCCCUUAUGGCCCCAAAGUGGCUGCUGCAGGCCCAGGCAUCACAAGCAGAUGUGGUAAUUUUUAGUACAAGAAGAGAGUGGCAUCUUUUUCCAUGCUGUCUCUGGAAUCAAGAAAAUCUUUUCCUGAAGCCUCCCAGCAGACUUCCUCUUCCAUCUCAUUGGCCAAAAUUGCCUCACAUGCCCAUCCUGAGCCAAUCAUUGGCUUGAGGAAUUUAGGAUUAGCUUAGAUUCUUCAGGAUUCCCCCUGUUCCCCAGAACUGAGGCUGGGGGUAAGGUUUCAGCUUGGAGGCUGGUGAAUACUUGAAUGAAAUUGGGCUUCUAUUAGAAAGGCCGAAGAGUGGGAGGAUGGGUAGAUAUUGAUUAACAAAUCAGCCAAGGCCAUCAUGUAUAAUUAUGCAUGUUGGGACCUACAUAAGCGAUGCCUGACUGGCAGGGUGGACACAAAUAGGGUCUGAAGUUCAAGGCUAAAUAUGCCAAAAGGAGGCUUCUUUUUCUAAGUAAAGGCCCCAUAUGGUGAGCAGUGUCCCUUCAACCAAUGUCCUCAUACUAGAGAGAAGAGUUUACAAAGAAGACAGAAAAGGAGUUCCAGAGAGGAGUAGGAAAACCAGGAGGGUGGGGAGUAUUGGUAAGAGAAGGAGAGUAUUUUAGGAAGGGAGAAGUCAACAUUGUCAAAUCAUGCUAAAAAGGCACACAAGAUUGUUUUAAUAAUAGUAAUAGAAAACACAUAUAGGAUUUACUAUGAGCUAGGCACUGCUCCAAGCCCUUGAUACAUAAUUUAUUUACCCCUCUUAUCAACUGUUAGAUACAUUCUCACCACAUUUUAUAGUUGAGGAAAGGAGGCCCAGAGAGAUCAAAUAAUUUGUCCAAGGUCACACAGAAGUGCAAAAUGGAUUUGAGCAAGGUUUUGAUUGGUCACCUUGUCCCAUGGGAGUUCAGAAACACCUACUGUCGAGCUCUUUCUCAGUCUCACAGUCUUCUGUCUCCUCACCAUGCUAAAGUCAGCAGCUCGCGGGGAGGCAGUUGUUUCUCCCCUUCUUGAAAAAGAAACCAGACCUUGUUCAGUUGAAGACAUUUUUAAAAAGGUGCAUGCCGCCCUAGCUGGCUUGGCUCAGUGGAUAGAGCUUCAACCUGC